UACAAGGGCAUUUGGCGCGGAACCGAAGACUCUUCGAUACCAGAAGUUCAAUAGAUUCACAUUCUUUUCUUGCCGAUUUUUCAUUUGAAUUGACACAAGAACCUGUUGCAUCCGCGAACACGAAGCGAGAAUGGAUGAAGGGGGCGAGGCUAAGAUGGGGAUGUUGGAGAGCUUCAUGAAAGCUCAUGAGAACUCCUUCAAAUCCCUCUUUCAGCGCAAGAAAUCUUCCCUCAGCGAAGACGGCUUCGAUUCGUCUGUCAAUUCACCCAGACCCAUCCCUCAGCUCUCUCCCAUCGCCAAUUCCGUCGUCUCCCAUUGUUCCAAGAUCCUUGAAGUCCCUACUGAAGAGUUGCAGCAUCGUUUUGACAUAGAGCUUCCGGAGAGUGUUAAGGAGCUUUUAACGUAUGCUAGGAAUCUCUUAGAGUUUUGCUCAUAUCAAGCUCUACAUGUGGUGACUAGACGGCCGGAUUAUUUGAUUGACAAGGAGUUUUGUCGGUUGACAUAUGACAUGAUGCUUGCAUGGGAGGACCCCAGUGUUGAGAGUGUGCCGCAAGACAAAGAAACUCCUACUUCCAGUAACCAAGAAGUAGAGGAUGAGGAAGGGUGGUCACUAUUCUAUUCAAGUUCCACCAGCAUGGCUGUUCAGGUUGAUGACAAGAAAACUGUUGGCCAAGAGGCUUUUGUGCGGAUUGCCCCUGUUUGUGCUGCUGUUGCAGAUAUAAUUACUGUCGAAAAUUUAUUUGAUGCACUCACAAGCUCGUCAGGCCACCGACUUCAUUUUCUCAUAUACGACAAAUAUCUUCGAAGCCUUGACAAGGUUGUGAAAUCUGCAAAAAGUUCAUUAGCACUUUCUAGUUUUCAGCUUGCUGAGGGUGAGAUCAUUCUUGACAUUGAUGGGACAGUUCCCACUCAACCAGUUCUGCAACAUAUUGGAAUGUCAGCUUGGCCUGGGCGUUUAACAUUGACCAAUUAUGCUCUGUACUUUGAAUCACUGGGAGUUGGUUUAUAUGAUAAACCUAUAAGAUACGAUCUGGCAAUGGAUAUGAAGCAGGUAAUAAAACAGGAAUUGACAGGACCAUUGGGUGCUCGUAUCUUUGAUAAAGCUGUAAUGUACAAGUCAACAGCUGUGGUUGAGCCCGUGUACUUUGAGUUUCCUGAGUUCAAAGGAAGUGGUCGAAGGGACUAUUGGUUGGAUAUAUGUCUUGAAGUCCUGCAUGCACACAGAUUCAUUAGAAAAAAGAAUCUUAAGGAUACACCACAAGCAGAAGUAAUUGGCAGGGCAGUUCUGAGCAUCUUGCGAUAUCGUGCUGUUAGAGAAAAUUUUCACUUCUUUUCAUCUCAGUACAAAACUUUACUUGCUUUUAAUCUUGCUGAAACUCUUCCUGGGGGAGAUAUUAUCCUGGAAACUCUUGCAAGUCGUUUGGCACUUCUGAAUGUCAGUGCUUCCCCACGUAAUGGUGCUGGGACUGCAUAUGUCAAACGCCACUCUACAUUGUCGCCAGUUGCGCUUCUGACACUUAACCAACUUGGACUAAUUUUACAAAAACAUGCUGAUAGUGAUGGAGAAACAAUAUUAGUUGGGGAUUUCUGUGUUGGUGAGAUAAGUCCUUUGGAGUUGGCAGUGAAACAGUCAAUAUCAGACACAGGAAAGGCAGAAGCGGCAAAGGUGACUGUGGACCAAGUGAAGGUGGAAGGGAUUGAUACAAAUGUUGCGGUCAUGAAGGAACUGCUAUUUCCAGUCAUUAAAUUAGCCAGCCAUCUUGAAUUUUUGGCGUCUUGGGAAGAACCUUCAAAGUCAAUGUCGUUUCUUGUUUUGACUUCAUAUUCUAUUUUAAGGGGGUGGAUCAAGUAUAUAUUGCCGUCUACUUUUAUAUGCUUCGCAGGUCUUAUGCUUUGGCGAAGGCAUUUUAAAAUAGGGAAGCCAUUAGAACCUUUUAAAGUUACAGCUCCACCAAAUCAAAAUCCCGUGCAGCAGCUGCUGAAGUUACAGGAAGGUAUUACUCAAGUUGAAGCAUUGAUUCAAGCUGGAAAUAUUGUUCUCCUGAAAAUAAGAGCUCUCUUGUUCGCUGUACUUCCCCAGGCUUCAGACAUGGUUGCUCUGUCGCUGGUUUUUGUGGCGGCCAUGAUUGCGUUCCUGCCCUUGAAAUGCAUAAUUCUCUUGAUCUUUUUAGAGGCGUUCACAAGGGAAAUGCCGUACAGGAGAGAAAGCAAUAGCCGGUGGAUCAGACGAGUAAGAGAGUGGUGGAUCAAGGUACCUGCGGCUCCUGUUCAACUCAUUAAACCUAUUGAUAAUAAGAAAAAGAAACCUGUUGAUGAUAAGAAAAAGAAACGAUGACUUCCAUUUAGCUCUUUAGAUCUUAUUUCGUUGUACAAAAACCAUGUCUUCCAAUUAAAUAUAUUUGUAAUGAGAACAUUUUUUUUUU